AUGGAGCUCAACACCUACAGGGCCCUGACGAAGGGCCAGGCUCAAGCAGAAUGCCAGAAUUGUUUCCAAACAGGACACUGGACGUAUCAAUGUCGCAACGAGAAGGUCUAUCUGACGCGCCCCACGAGGACGCAAAUGCUCAGGAAUCCAAAGCUGAGACCGCCGGUCUUCGAUGAUGACGACGUCCCUGAGAUUCCGCUCAUCACAGACGGAGAUUUUUCCAGAGACCCUCGCCUUGUUGAGCAGCUUCUUGCUCAGGUGAAGACGGGCAUAAGCUCUUCUUCGUCCUCUUCAUCUUCCUCGUCUUCAUCUUCCUCGUCUUCCUCUUCCUCGUCUUCAUCUUCGUCGUCCUCCUCUUCCUCGUCUUCGUCUUCCUCGUCAUCUUCCUCGUCUUCGUCUUCCUCUUCGUCAGAUUCCAGCAGUUCGUCGUCGGACGAGAGCAGCAGCGACGACGAUCGGAGAAAGAAGAAGGCGCGUGUGAAGAAGGAGAAAACGAGCUCGCGGGUGAAAAAGGAGGCUACGAGCGACAAGAAGGACACGAACAAGAAGAAGAACAAGAAGAGAACCAAAGACGGGGGCGUGGCCCCUCGACUGAAGAGAGAAGGACCAAGCGACGCAGAAAAGAGUGAUGAGGAGCUCGGAAGAAAGAGAGGCAAGAGAUCCGCCGGGCAGAACGGGGUGCACGAGGCACGAAACAGACCCGAUGAGGACGGAGAUGGACGAACCGACAAGCGCCAUGACGGAGAGAGAGAGGAGAGAAGGGAGAGAGAGGAGAGAAGGGAGAGAGAGGAGAGAAGAGAAAGAGAGGAGAGAAGAGAGAGAGAGGAGAGAAGAGAGAGAGAGGAGAGGAGAGAGAGAGAGGAGAGAAGAGAGAGAGAGGAGAGGAGAGAGAGAGACCGAGACGACAGAGAAAGAACCUUCAGAAAGCAGGCGCCGAGGAGGGAGGACUCUUUCGAUGAGGACGAGAAGGACAGGAAGCGCGUGCGCCAUGCCUCUCCGUCUCGCAGAGAGGCAAGAGGAGACAUUAAAGAAGAAUAUCGAGGCCGCCGCAGAAGAGGGGAGUUCCCCGACGGAGAUGCCGACGAUGAGAGCGACGGAAGAAGAGAGCGAAGACGCGAUUCGAGAGAGAUGAGGAGAGAGUAUACAGAGAGAAGGAGAGACUCCGCGGAGUGGAGACGCGGAGAGGAUUCGGAUUUGAAGAGAGAGGAGAGGAGAGGAGCGCGGAGGCGCGACGAGGUGGGGUCUCGAUCCCGCGUAAAACACGAAGGAGGGGGCGAGAGUGACGAACACCAACCGAGUCGCCGGCGUGACCGACACAGAGAGGAAGACCAAGAUCGCACACAUGCGCGUUCUCGAGCAGAUCGUAGACGGCAUCGCCGAAUAUCGACGGAAGAAGAGGAUGCCGGACGCAGGGAACAGGAGAGAAGUCGCGAGAGAAGAGAAGGGCGAAGAGAGGAAACGAAGGAGAGAACCCGAGAGAGAGAAGACAGGCGUUCUCCAUCGCGAGAGCGCUGA